AUGUACUUGGAUGAAAGUAAACCUGUAUCACUGAAGCUAUCUUACACAGGAAUGGAGUUUAACCAAACAAACCUCAGCAUUGAGAGCAGAGAUAGGUGCUACUCUGCAGUGGGCAGACAAGGUGGCGUGCAGGUGGUCUCCCUCAGCAGGAACGGCUGUGUGUACCACGGCAUUGCCCAGCAUGAGCUGAACCACGCGCUGGGUUUCUACCACGAGCAUACCAGGAGUGACCGCGACCACUACGUGAGGAUCAACUGGGCAAACAUCUCACCAACAAUGCAGUACAAUUUCAACAAGGAGAACACCAACAACCUCAACACACCGUACGAUUACUCCUCCGUGAUGCACUAUGGGAAAACGGCUUUCUCCAUCAACGGGCAGGACACCAUCACUCCUAUUCCUGAUCCAUCAGUGCCGAUCGGACAGAGAGUGGACCUCUCCGCCAUCGACAUCAAGAGGAUCAACAUUCUCUACAAUUGCUGA